UCGACUGCGUUACGAAAAGAGGAAAAGGGAAAAGAUUAAAGACCCUAUAAAAGAAGGAAAAAGAAGGAGAAAGAAAGAAGAGACGGUAAAUUUGGAGGAUGAGACAUCAGUGAUAAAGACAAUACAUUAGUUUUAAAACCCAGUUAAAGAAGAAAGAAGAAAUUAGAAGAUAUAUUGAAGGAAUAGGAGGAGCACUUGGAGUACCAGUUAUCAACAAAAAUGCCAAACGUACUUGUACAAGGAGCAAGCAGGGGCAUUGGUCUUCAGUUCUGCCGAGCCCUUGUAAAUAGAGGAUCAACGGUCCUUGCCUGCUGCAGAAAUCCAACACUCGCUAAGGACCUUAGAGAAUUGCAGUCACAGCAUCCAAGCCAAGUGGACGUCAUACCCUUAGACGUGACUAAUGAAGAGGCCAUAAUAGCAGCCGCCGAGCACGUGAAGCAGACGCAUGGGGGGAAAUUGGACCUUCUUAUUAAUUCAAGUGGUAUCCUCAGUCCAAAGGGAAGGGGCGAGACAAGCUUGAAAGAUGUAUCGCUUCAGGCUCUUCAAGAAACUGUCACAGUUAAUACCUUGGGUCCACUGUUAAUGGCCAAAUACUUCAGUCCACUUUUAGGAGCUGGAAACGGUACCUUUGGCAGACAAGCUCAGAGUGCAAAGGAAAAUCAUGCUGCAGUCUUGGUGAACAUGUCAGCCAGAGUGGGCUCUAUUGGGGACAACAGAUUAGGUGGCUGGUAUAGCUAUCGGAUGUCCAAAGCUGCUCUAAACAUGGCCACAAAGAACUUAAGCAUCGAACUGGGUAGAGGAAGGAGAAGAGUCAUAUGUGUGGCUCUGCAUCCAGGAACUGUUGACACAGAUCUCUCUCGGCCAUAUCACAAGAACGUACCCAAGAGCCAGUUGUUCUCUAGAGAGCAGUCAGUUAAUUACCUGCUCUCUGUCAUUGAUGGUUUAACUAUCCAUGAUUCUGGGAAAUACCUGGCUUGGGAUGGUUCUGAAAUACCCUUUUAAUGUAGUGAAGACAGUAGUCGGUUAAGAAGAAAGAAAUCUGUGCAUUUAUUUAUUAAUCUGAUUUCUUCCUUUCCUUAUGUAUCUCAGGGUAUAAAGUCAUGUAAAUAAAAUCAUUGUUGAAUAUUC